UCAAUUUCUCGUCAUACGUGUCGCAUUCCUAUCAGUCUCUUCCCCUCUCCUUUUAUCUCAUUCAUUCCGCUUCUCUUCCUUCCUUCCUUCUCUUCUUUCUUUUUUUCUGUCACUCACAUGGAACCUCUACUCGAAGAACAUGAGGAACAACGAUUCAAGCGAGUCGGCUCGCUCCGUGAACCGGACCUGGAUUCAACCAGCUCAAGCCUAUCCUCGAUACUCAGUGCGGAGGAUUCUCGAAGCACGACGAGUUCCGGCGAUAUUUCGGGCACUAGCGGGAGUUCCGGUGAGAUUUUAACGGCGGAGGCCGUGGUUCCGAGGUUGCUCGAACCUGCUCCUGCAUGCGAGGAAUUGACGGUGACGGUAGCGGCGAAGCAGAAGUGUGUUGGGAGGAAUAAUAAGGGAGUGACGUGGGGGUUCACUUCAGUGAUAGGGAGACGGAGAGAGAUGGAAGACGCUAUCGCCGUUAUACCAGAGUUCAUGUCCCGCACGUGCGACCACUUGGGAGGUUGUACGGCUCCUGGUUCUAAAACCUCCUCUGAAAUCUCCCCUAUCCAUUUCUUCGGCGUCUAUGAUGGCCAUGGUGGCUCCCAGGUGGCUAAAUUUUGUGCCGAGAGGAUGCAUGGAGUGAUAGCAGAGGAAUGGGACCAUGAAAUGGUUGAGAGCUCUGGGUGGCAGAGGAGAUGGGAAGUAGCAUUUUCCAGUAGUUUCGAGAGGGCUGACGAUGAAGUCCGGACUGCAGCAGUUGCACCAGAAAUGGUGGGAUCAACUGCUGUUGUUGUAGUUUUAUCUGGUUGCCAGAUUAUUACAUCCAAUUGUGGUGAUUCGAGGGCAGUGCUUUGCCGAGGAACUGAAACAAUUCCAUUAACUGUUGAUCAGAAGCCUGAUAGACAGGACGAACUCAUGAGAAUUGAAAGAGAGGGAGGGAGAGUCAUAAACUGGAAUGGUGCUAGGGUCUUUGGAGUUCUUGCAAUGUCCAGAGCUAUAGGUGAUCGCUAUUUAAGGCCAUGGAUAAUUCCAGUACCUGAGGUUACCUUCAUGACCAGGACCGAUGAGGAUGAGUGUUUGAUAUUGGCCAGUGAUGGGUUGUGGGAUGUCAUGACAAAUGAAGAGGCUGGGGAGGUUGCUCGCCGCCUACUAAGACGGCGGCGCAGGUCUUUGAUGGCUGAUGGAAUUUCUCCGGCUCAAGCAGUAGCUGAUAAUUUGACCGAAAUAGCAAUUGGACGAAACAGUUCAGAUAAUAUUUCCAUCAUCGUUGUGGAUUUAAAACCCAAGAGGAAACGCCAGCCAAGGCAGUGAAAAAGGAGCAGAAUCAUUUUAUUCCCUCAAUUACCUCGUAAUCCAUUUCCUCUUCUCCUACUAAAACUUUACAGAGGUUGGCAAGAAUGAUCUAGUAUGUUCACCUAGUUCCACAUACAAACAGAUCCCCAUCUGACUGAACAGGUGACCACCUACAGCUACUCUUCCUGACCUUUACAAAGCAGACUGGGAAUAUGCCAUCUACACCACAACAGGAAUAGGUUUGAUACUGCAAACCAUACAAGAUCAAUCCUCACUUUUAACUGGUUUGGUCAAGAGAAUGAGAAGCAGGGACCAACAAAAAAAAAAGGAUCUCCUUUAUGAAUGUAGUGAAGAGGAGAAAGGAAAGGAUGAGAAUAUAUAUAUCUUUUGUUUAUGUUAUUGUUUGUGUGCUAUAUUCCUUUUCAAGUCCUAUCCUUUCUUCUGCCAAGUAAUUAAAGAGAAAUUAACUUGGGAAAAUGUUCAAUCAUUCUGAAUCAUGAAGCAGUGUAAGUGUGCCUUUAUCACUAAUCAUAUUCUUUGUUUUACCUUUUUUAA